CCAAGGGGUUUUCUCUCCUUGGCAAGCAUGAAGCCAGGGCAAAGGAAAGCUUGGAACUAGUUCUACAGGGGCUGCCCCAACGAACUGGAGCACAGAUGACCACAGAGCAGAAAGCGGGCCUGCGGUGCUACCGGCCGUACAUUGAGAAGACCCUGAAUCCUGCCUAUAUGCUGGGCAACAUGAAGGAAUGGCUCUCUGAUGGGGAGAUGCUGAGAAUUCAGACUGAAGAACAGAAGAAGGGGCUGACUGCUGGUGCACUCCUUGUUGACUCUCUACUACAGCUCGAAUCGGAAGGAUGGUUUCGGGGAUUUCUAGAUGCACUGAAUGCAGCAGGUUACACAGGUCUGAGAGAAGCAAUUGAAAACUGGGAUUUCCAAAAACUUGAAAGCCUGGAAGUGCAUCGACAGCUGCUGAAACAUACAGAAGCUACAAUGAGAGAAAUUGAUGCAGAACAGAUAAUUCCUUUCUUAAACACUUCUCUCAUGGAACAAGAAUGUGAAGAGAUUCUGCAGGUCAAAGAACUGAAAGGCAGAAUGGCUGGUGCAGUAAAGCUCAUUGAAUGGCUUUCUAGGUCUGAUGAGGAAAACUGGCCUGAAACUUUUCAUCUAGCUCUAGAACGAGCACGAUAUGACCCAACAAGCAAACUGUGGAAUAUGAAAUCAGGUAACAAUAAAGAGAUGGAUGUUGAAAUGAUGGAGGACCAGAAUGGGAACAGUAGUGCCUUAGAUAUAAACGUACAGUAUUCCAAAGAAGCAGAAGUUGACAAUUUCAGUGAAAGUCCGUGUUCUCCUUCAGAAGUUUCUCAACAACCUACUUAUGGACCAAAGAAGCCUAGAAGUUAUCAGAUUGAGCUUACCCGGCCUGCUGUCAGUGGGGAAAAAUACAAUCGAUCUGGUAAAACCUUUGUGGCACUUCUGAUUUGUGACAAUCAUUUCCAAAACAUGCCCAAGGAGCAGAAGGGGAAGAUUGUCUUUCUAGCUACUAAAGUUCCAGUAUAUGUACAACAGAAAAAAGUCUUCACGCAACACUUCAAAAGAACUAGGUACAAAGUUGCAGAGAUUGCUGGGGAUGUCUCAAGUAUUAUUGAAGGGAAUGAUAUUGUCUUGACACCUCAGAUCCUUGUGAAUGGCCUCAAAGACAGAACUGUUCCUUCCCUUGCCAUUUUCACUUUGAUUAUAAUUGAGUGCCACAACACCAAUGGGAAUCGCCCCUAUAAUGUGUUAAGGUUCAAGUAGUUGGUCAUUAAAUUUGACUCCGCUGCAGAACAGCUGCCUCAGAUUGUUGGCUUAACAGCCUCUGGCAUGGGCAGUGCCAAGACCCUCAAGGAGAUGAAAGAAUACAUCUGUACCCUCUGCGCCUGCUUUGACAUAAGUCCUAUCUCAUCAGAGAACACACAGGAACUGGAGGAGAUUGUAUACAGGCCCAAAAAAUUUUUCAGACUAGUCGGGAAGUGCCCCCAAAACCACUUUAUGGACAUUAUCUCCGUCCUGAUGUCUGAGACUGAGGCCCUGGCAAGCAAGAUUUACCCAAUAGAUGCAUUUUCCCACAUUAAAUGUUUUGGAACGCAAUGCUAUGAACAGUGGAUCGUUGACAUUUGAAAGAAGUGCAGAAUGUUGCAACUGCCAGAUAAGGAUUGUAGAGCUCUUUUUAUUUACACUGAACGCUUACGCAAAUACAAUGACUCCCUCAUCAACAAAGAUGCACGGACUCUAUGCGUGGCCUACUUGACUGAAUUUUAAGACCUUAGAAGUGGAGGGUUUGAGAUAGAUCAACAGUUAACAGCAAACUUUGAAGCUAAACAGGAACUGAGAGAGGCCUCGGAAGAUGAACUGAAUGAGAAUCCCAAACUGGAGGAGCUCACCUUCAUCCUGAAUGAAGAAUACUGCCUAAAGCCACAGACCUGCACCCUCUUUGUUACCACAAGAGCUCUAGUGUCUGCCUUGAAGAAAUGGAUUGAUGAAAAUCCUACACUCAGCUACCUAAAACUGGAUACAUUGAUAGGGCGUAGCAAAAGAAACUAGCAAACAGGUAUGACACUCUCAAAUCAAAAGGGCAUACUGGACUUACUCAAAACCAACAGUAACAGUAAAAUACUACCUACAGCUGUUGCUGAGGAAGGGAUUGAUAUUGCUCAGUGCAACCAGCUUCUCCUCUAUGAAGACUCUGGCAAUGUCACCAAAAUGAUCCAAGUCUACAGUUUCAUAAAAGGGCUUCCUGUCACUCACAUGUCAUGGAAGCAAAAGACAGCAAGUGCAAGCAAAAGCGAAGUGGCUGAGAAUGAGAGAAACAAUAAGGAGGAGAUGAUGAACAAAGCCGUUGAGCAGCUGCAGGAGUGGGAUGAGGAAACCUUUGCAAGGAAGGUGGGUCCACUCGCUGCCAUUCUGCAUGGUCCAAAUCCAAACAGACGAACAUUUUCUAAGCCUCUCCAAAAACCAAGCUGCUAUGAAAACUUUGAGAAGAAAUACUGCUGGGACUCCAAGUGCCAGCAUGACUGGGGAAUCACAGCGAGGUACAAGACAUUUGAUGACUUCCCAGUGAUCAAAAUUGAAAGCUUUGUGGUGAAGAAUGUCACAACUGGGACUGUUUUCCAGAAAUGGAGGGAUGUGGAUUUUGCAAUGAGGGAAUUUGACAUUAAUGAAAUGUCCAGUACAGAGUGAAUAACAACUGGUUCAUCACCCUACUGGGUGAACUAUUUCAUGGGCAAAUGGCAGCACUUGCUUAAAGGGGGCUCUGCAGUCUUUCAUAAUUCUAUUAAUACUCAGUUCAAGUGGAUGGAUGUAGACUAAUAAUGCUCUAAGAACUAUUGUAUUUCAUGCCAUGGCUGAUACUUUUUUUUUGCCCAUUUUACCUCUGGCAUUCUUUUAUGUACACUCCCUCUUGUCACCUCCAACAGACUAGUAAGAAUACUUCCUAAUUUGUACUGACUGCAUGCUUAGUUAAGUCUUCACCUCUGCAAAAUAGCUUGUGUGGGGGGGAAACAAAUUGAGUACCUAAUCAAACUUAAAACAUGUAGAUAGUGAGGUGGAAUUCUAGAAGUGAACAGUUGAAGUUGCAUGUUUUGCAGCUAUUUGUUCAUGUUGCACUUUAUGCAGACCAUGUAGCCUGAACUCAUUAAAUCUUAAAUUCAA